AUGUGUUUAGGGUUAAGAGUUUUUUCUAAGAGUCACUGUUUCAGACUUAGUUAUGGAGAAAUGAUAGAAGCUGUAGCCACGAGUAAGGGCAGCAUGGAAUAGCAAGGAUGCUGGGGGCAGGGAUACAGCAGUGGUGGUGGCCCCUAAUGAGUAGACCUCUGUGUCUUCCUUUAGACUUUCUUACUGCAGUGGACUCCUGGUUCAAGGUCCUGCUGCCCAAGAUAUAUCCAUUCCUCUAUCACAAUGGGGGCAACAUCAUUAGCAUUCAGGUGGAGAAUGAGUAUGGUAGCUAUAGGGCCUGCGAUUUCAAAUACAUGAGACACUUGGCUGGACUUUUCCGUUCACUGCUGGGAGACAAGAUCUUGCUCUUCACCACAGAUGGGCCUGAAGGACUCAGAUGUGGCUCCCUCGAGGGACUCUAUACUACUGUAGAUUUUGGACCAGCUGACAACAUGACCAGAAUCUUUGCCCGGCUUCGGAAGUAUGAACCCAAUGGGCCAUUGGUGAACUCUGAGUACUACACAGGUUGGCUGGAUUACUGGGGCCAGAACCACUCCACACGGUCAAUUUCAUCUGUAACUAAAGGACUGGAAAACAUGCUCAAGUUGGGAGCCAGUGUGAACAUGUACAUGUUUCAUGGAGGUACCAACUUCGGAUAUUGGAAUGGUGCCGAUGACAAGGGACGCUUCCUUCCAAUUACUACCAGCUAUGACUACGAUGCACCCAUAUCUGAAGCAGGAGACCCCACACCUAAGUUUUUUGCUAUUCGAAAUGUCAUCAGCAAGUUCCAGGAAGUUCCCUUGGGACCUUUACCUCCUCCUGGCCCCAAGAUGAUGCUUGGACCUUUGACUCUGCACUUGGAUGGGAAUUUGCUGGCUUUCCUAGACUUUCUCUGUCCCAAGGGACCCAUCAACUCAUUUUUCCCACUGACAUUUGAGGCUGUCAAGCAGGACCAUGGCUUUAUGUUGUACCGGACCUAUCUGCCUUACACCGUUUCUGAACCAACACCAUUCUGGGUGCCAAAUAAUGGAGUCCAUGACCGUGCCUAUGUGAUAUUGGAUGAG